UUGAUCAUAACUGGUUAUCGAAAUACCUUGCAAUUGGGUCAUCUGUGGGCUGUGGAUUCAGAGAACCUCGCAGCUAAUGUAGUUCCAGCCUUCCUGCGCAAUGUCUAUAAGCACCUUCAUGUGGACAUAUCCGGAGAAUUAGAUGGACCUCACACUGCUAAUUCGCAGUUCUCAAUCAAUUGGGCAGCACAAGACACUGCAUCAAGCACUUCAGAUGAUCAGAAAUCGGGAAUCGCAGAUGCCAAUCUCAAUACAGGCAACAGUACAAUUUCAGAUGAGACUAUUGUCCGUAGAAGCACAUUUGGAGAUUUCAGUGCCUAUGUUGAGGGUGUUGGAGGUGGCAAAGGCAAGGCUGAGAAGCGUUCAAGAACUAUGUCAGGAGUGCCGGAUAUUGGAAAGAAGGCUUCCUCAUCUGUGUCUACAAAUCUUCUUCCGAACAUCCAAUUCCGCAUUUCUGCACGUUCUUCAAAAUCCAAACCUUCACCGUCUUCUAGGAAAGGCUCCAGUGUCGGUGAUGUUGAAGCUGGACUCCUUAGCUCCAACUCGUUCAAACAAGUCAAGUCCGAUGGCACUGGAGCAGGAAAAACGGCAUGUGACAGAAGGGUGCCCCAGAAAUCCAAAUGUGGUUUGAUAAAGGCCCUUGCCUGUACCUAUGGAUUUCGUAUUUUCAUUGCCGGCCUCUUCAAAAUUGGUCAUGAUGUCUGUCUUCUCUCUGGUCCCGUUUUCUUCAAGUAUCUAUUGCAGUCUAUGAAACCGGAUUCCAAGGAACCAGCUUGGCAUGGCUAUUGCUACGCCAUCCUGAUGUUCAUGAUUUCUUUCGUCCAGUCAUUCAUGCUACACCAGUACUUCCGCGCGCAGAAUAUUGUUGGCAUGGAUAUGCGCACGGCUAUUAUCUCUGCUGUCUAUAGGAAGAGCCUUCGUCUGAGUGCAGCCUCUCGUGGAGAGUCUACUACUGGUGAAAUCACAAAUCUCAUGUCAAUCGACGCUGGACGUUUUUACAUGCUAAUGCUCAAUUUCCAUGUGUUGUGGUCAGCUCCUUUCCAAGUAAGUUUGGCCAUUUAUCUCCUCUGGCAACAAAUUGGCCCCUCGGUAUUCCCUGGUGUCCUCAUCCUGCUCAUUAUGAUUCCUAUCAACACCUUGGUUGCCAAAAAAUCGAAAUCCUUUCAGGAGAAGGAGCUGAAGACAACUGACAAACGCAUCAAGUUGAUUAGCGAGAUUCUCAAUGGCAUACGGGUAUAUUUACUAUUCACACUAUUUCCACCUAUAUUCAACCCCAUUUAA